ACAUGCCUUGUUGUCCAUCUUCCAAUACCUGCACAAAUCUAUCAAUUAAUUUUGAAAACUUUUGCACAUUGAAAUGGCUCCUAGCGAAAAUAAAGACUAUUUUUACCCAUUUUUUCCUCUACCACCACCCCACCAAUAUCCUCCAUUCCCUCCAAAAGUACUGCCACCUCACAGUUCUCCAAAAGUGGCCCCACCACAUAAACAUAAUUUUCCACCUCCUCCAACUCCAAAUGUGGCACCACCUCCUAACCCUCCAUUACCUCCAAAGGCUGCACCACCACAUGGCACUCCAUCCCCUCCAAAGGUGGCACCACCUCACGAUAACCCACCCCAUGGCCCCAUUACACCACCACGGCCAUUACUUCCGCCACCAGCAACACCACCCCAUCAUUCUUUCUAUCCACCACCUCCCCACACCAUUUCACCCCCUUCCCCAACUGUGAUACCACCACCGCCUCAUCCUAUUUCCCCACCACCAGCACCAGGACACCAUUCUACUGUUAUUGUUAUUGUAUUUGUCUCACUUGGUGGUCUAUUCUUUCUUGCAUUCCUUUCAGUUGCUCUGUGUUGCUUCAUUAAGAAGAGAAAGAAAAAAACAGUUCAGAAAACUGAGAUUAUAAAUAUUGAUGAACAUAUAAAGGUUCAGGAAGCCAUUAUACCAGGCCCACAUGGUGAACAAAUCAAGGUAUUAUCAAUCGAAGAGGAUUUGCAUAUUGAGGAAGAGAUCAAGAAAAAUGAGAAGGUGAGUGAAGGUCCACAUAUUAAACCUGCAAAGAAUCAUCCUCAAGCUAUUCAAGCGGCAGCAUCCUCUUCUGUGUCCAGUCAUAAUCAUCUUGAGCAAAAGGCCUGAUUCAAAGCUACACAAAUAAAUGUCACAAGCAACAAAAUGAUUUAUAUUUACAACCACUAUUUUCUGAGACAACAAACUACAAUUUCUUGUUCUUUCCCAUACUUGUUUUUUGUGAGAAUAAAAACUGUAAAGGUUGUCAAAAAAUACCUUGACAUUCCCUUUGUAUACUAGAAAUAAAUUAUUUAAAAUAUGUAUAUAAAAAACUCAGUUCAUCUUUGGGGUAUCA